AUGACUGCUGCAUUGAACGAAAAUAUUGCUCUAGUUCUUCAUAAAAUCGACGAUCUUCGUUUGGAACCUGUUCCUAUCAAUGAACCCAAUGAUGGAGAGGUAUUACUUGAAAUGCAAAGUGUUGGCAUCUGUGGAAGCGAUGUGCACUAUUGGAAAAGAGGUUGUAUCGGAGAUUUUGUUGUUCGUGCUCCCAUGAUUCUUGGCCAUGAAAGUGCAGGUAAAGUAAUAAAAGUUGGACCAAAUGUAAAAAAUCUCAAAGAAGGUGACCGUGUCACUAUUGAACCUGGUGUACCUUGUCGUCGUUGCGAUUUUUGUAAAGUUGGCCGUUAUAACCUUUGUGCUGAUGUUGUAUUUCUUGCAACACCACCUGUUCAUGGAAGUAUUGCACGUUAUCAUACUCAUGCUGCUGACUUCUGUUUCAAAUUACCAGAUCAUGUUACAUAUGAAGAAGGUGCAUUUUGUGAACCAUUAAGUGUUGGUGUUCAUGCGUGUCGUCGCGCCGGUGUAACUAUAGGCUCAAAAGUAUUCAUCACAGGAGCUGGACCCAUCGGUCUCGUGAGUAUGUUGGCAGCAAAAGCAAUGGGUGCCGAUACAAUUAUUAUGACUGACAUUAGCCAACAACGUCUUGACUUUGCAAAGAAAAUUGGAGCGAAUCAUGUUGUUCUUGCUGAUAGUGAUUCACAGAAAACAGCUCAACUUGUAAUAGAAACUCUUGGUUCUAUGCCAAAUAUUUCGAUCGAAUGUUCAGGUGCUGAAUCAUCUAUUCAAGCAACAUUCUAUGCAACGAUUUCAGGUGGUGUUGUAGUUCUUGUUGGUCUUGGACGUCCCUUAGUAUCUUUACCAAUUGUGAACGCUGCUAUUCGUGAAAUUGAUAUUCGUGGUGUUUUUCGUUAUGCAAAUUGUUAUCCAGCUGCAUUAAGUUUGAUUGCAUCUGGUCGAAUUGAUGUGAAGCCAAUGAUUACACAUAGGUAUAUGAUAAAUGAAUCUGUUCAAGCUUUUGAAAUGGCUGAAAGUGGACAAGCCAUUAAAGUUAUGAUUCAAUGUGGAAACGAAGCUCAACAUUGA